AACCUCUAAUUACUAGACAGUUAUCGUUCCAAACACACCCUUGAUUUUCAUUUGCAGGAGCCAGCGUCUUGCUUGGGUGUAGGAUUUGUUUGGCCCGCCAAUAACAUUUCCGGUUCGACUUCAAAUCGGGCCGGAUUAAAGAUGUUUUCGUCCAAACAAGGACUAACUUGUUUUCUUCUCCGCUCUCAGAUUUUUCAGUCUACAGCCUCUGCAAUCUUGCUCAUGGUUUCCUCCUCGUAACCUAAAGCUAGAGAGAUAACCGGAGAGAUGGUUCUCACUCAUCUUCCAAGAUUCCGCUUCUCUAUCUUCACCCGUCCACCGUCCCCCCUGCACACUCACUUCGACUUAAAUCUCUUACCCAGACUGAAGCUCCCCACCGUUGUUAGACCCAAAUACACUUUAUCCACUACUGAGCCUGUGCCCAUCUCCCAUAUCUCCUCAAACAACCAGGAAAUUUUGGAUUCCCCCCAAAUCCAAAUUUCACUUGACAGGCUCUUCGUGCCGCCAGAGACUGAGGUUUCUCUCAAUGAUGCUUCCCUGAGUACCAGAAUCUUGAAAGGGUCCAACAUAGUAUUGAGUAAGUACGCGAGGAAUGCCCAGAUUGUGCAGGCUGAGUUCGUGAAGAGCAGCGUGAGGACUGAGGAUUGCCCUGCUGAUGGAUUGCCUGAGUUUGCGCUUGUGGGAAGGUCUAAUGUUGGCAAAUCCUCACUGCUCAAUUCGCUUGUGAGAAGAAAGCGGCUUGCGCUUACCUCUAAGAAACCUGGGAAGACGCAAUGCAUCAAUCAUUUUCGGAUCAAUGAUAGCUGGUACCUUGUUGAUUUGCCUGGAUAUGGGUAUGCAGCUGCUCCCCAGGAACUUCGGACAGAUUGGGACAAGUUUACAAAAGAUUAUUUUCUCAAUCAUUCAUCCUUGGUCUCAGUGUUCCUUCUUAUAGAUGCUAGUAUCCCUGCAAAGAAAAUAGAUCUUGAAUAUGCCAGUUGGCUGGGUCAGAAUCAGAUACCCAUGACAUUGAUUUUUACCAAAUGUGACAAGAGAAAGAAGAAAAAGAAUGGAGGGAAAAGGCCCGAAGAAAAUGUGAAGGAUUUUCAGGAGUUGAUAAAUGGAUUCUUCGAGACAGCACCACCUUGGAUUAUGACCAGUAGUGUUACCAAUCAAGGUCGCGAUGAGAUACUUUUGCACAUGGCUCAACUGCGGAACUACUGGCUCAAACACUAACAUAAACAUAAUGCAGAAUCGAGAAUUUUUUUCUAGUCUUACUGGUAUAAAUUGAUUCACUCAAGCUCAACUCUUUUAAGUCUGAAUCCCUUAGACGCAGAAGCGAUUACUCAACUUACUUGAGGCAGACUAGAUCGCCUAAACAGCGAAUUGAGAAAUGAAAGAAGCGAUCCCAAAAGGCAGGGCCAGGGACUCGGUUCUUCAAUAUCUGAAAGGCAGCUGUUGGAUUGUCUAUUUGUGUUUGAAAUAUUAAAAUGAACCACUGUAAUCUUACACAAUUGAAAACGAUGAUUAUGAAAAUAUGGAAAUUCUGUUUUGGUA